AUGACUGUGCUCAAUGCAGUUACGCCCAGCUUCGACAAGGUGCCUGCUCCGUCGGCCGCUUGGAACAAUGCCUACGAGGUUGACACCGGCAAUGACUUCACACUCGAGAUUGCUACUGAUAACAACUUCUUCGUAGGAUUGGCUAGCUCUCCCGAUGGUAGCUCCAGCGUUCCGACAGCCACUUUCAAGCCUGAGCCUGGUAACCAGUAUCAGAUCCAGCCAGUCAACACUUACUAUGUUACAUAUGGCUCUACGUUUGCGGUAGGCGAGCUAUUGGAUGUUGCAAAACUUCCAAAGCAGGCACUGCAGAUUGACUUUACGAUCCGCGGUCCUACGGUUACGAUUAACCACACGCCCGACGGCAAACUUGUUAUCGCCAAGUAG